AUGGCUGAAGCUGAGUUUGGCUCUCAGAGACGCGUCGAGUUGAUCAACAAGAUCGCUGCUGGUGCCGGUGGAGAGAUUGAUCAGCCUCUGGACCCAGAGAACUCGCGAACGUACACCCUCCCCGACGCCCUCUCCUGCGCCAGCGAUGUCAAGGCUUUCAGAGAUGGCAGUACUGGGCGAUCGGCCUGGCUCACCAACCUCAAGCGGGAUGGAUGCGUCGUGACUGGUGCUGACGAUCCUGUUGAAGCGGCUCACAUUUUCCCAUUCUCCAUGAGGGGGUUACAGGCCCCGGAUAUCGUCAAUGACACAUACAAUCCGUGGAGCGUUUUACGUAUGUUUUGGGGCCAAGAAAGGGUCGACGCGUGGUAUAAUGCCAUCACAGGCCCUGUGGCCACUGAGACCGUACAGAACCUUAUGUGCUUGGCUCCGUCAGUUCACAAGUAUCAUGAACGCGCUUAUUUUGCGUUGGAGCCCGUCGAGGAGGACACCCAAUCGCACACUCUUACGGUUCGUUUCCAUUGGCUACCCCAUAUGGCCAACCUCCGCAGACUAAAAGUUGAUACCCGCCCAUCAUUUCCUCGUGGUAUUGGUUGCGGCCGCCGGAUACGGCUGUGGGAGGUGGUGUCCGGCGACGAAAUCGUUUCGGGAACACUCAUCAAUAUCACUGGAUACGACAGGAUUCCCCUCCCUGACCCGGCGCUUCUACAACUGCAAUGGAUGCUUCAACGCAUCGUCGCCUUAGCUGGCGGCGCCGAAGUAUUCCAGGAAUCUAAUGAUGACGAUGAUGACGAUGAUUACUCUGAUUACCCUGAAGUCUACGAAGACAGAUGA